AAAAAAGAGCUUUCCUUUUUAUUCUUUCCAAGCUACUCCCAGAGUGCUCCGUACUCCCUCCGGCACUGCUUCACAACUCGCAACCCAUAAAGAAGGCGGAGUAUAAUACUACAAAUUGGGCUACAGAUCCCUUCUUCUCCCUCCUCCAUCUCCGUCAGAAAACCGAAAAUUCAGGGUUUCGAGGUGCAGAAAUGUAUAAGAACCAGUUACAGGAGCUGGCGCAGAGGAGCUGCUUCACUCUGCCGUCGUACACCUGCAUUCGGGAAGGUCCCGACCAUGCCCCGCGCUUCAAGGCCGUCGUUAACUUCAACGGCGAGUCCUUCGAAAGCCCCCACCACUUCUCCACCCUCCGCCUCGCCGAGCACGCCGCCGCCGAGGUGGCUCUCAACUCCCUCUCCCACGGCGGCCCCUCUCAGUCCCUCGCCGCUCGAAUCCUCGAUGAAACUGGAGUGUAUAAAAACCUGUUGCAGGCAAUCUCACAAAGGGUUGGGUCUCCUUUGCCCCAAUACGCAACGUUCAGGUCGGGGGUCGGACACCAUCCGGUGUUUACCGGAACAGUGGAACUCGCAGGAAUCACUUUCACCGGAGAGCCCGCGAAAACCAAGAAACAGGCCGAGAAGAAUGCCGCCUUGGCGGCAUGGUCAUCUCUGAAACAAUUGGCAAAACAAGAUGCAAAUUCAACAUCAGAGGCGGAGAACACGGAGGAGCAGGAGCAGAUAAGGAUUGCAAGGGCAUUGCAGAACUAUUGUUUAAAGGAGAAGAUAGAAAUGUCCAAUGCCGGGGCCCGUCCCGUGCCCUUCCGGAAGAACUUCCCGACCCCGUGGGGCCCACGGUGUCCCCCGUCGUCGUCCACUUCCAAAAUCCUUCCUUUAAUCUCCCAGAAAGCCGCUCGUCCCCAAUACAGAUCUCCUAGCGUUCAUCCCAGACCCCAUUGCAGUGCCAUUGCUCCUCCCGUCACCAUAAGAACAUCAAUUCCGGUUUUCUCGGCGCCCCCGCGGGCCCCACCUGUUCGGGUCGCGCCACCUGUCUGCAUCAGGCAAGCCGUUCCAGUUUUCGCUGCUCCGCAGGCCCCGAAAGAAAAUGUGGUCGUUUCAUCGCCCGAGAACAAGGAGGAAACUACAAAGACAACCGAAACCAUGGAGGUCGACGAAUCGAUAGCUAUGAAGUGUUUGGAACGGCUUCAAAUAUGAUCUUCAUCAUCUGGUUUUUUUUUGUAAGGACUUGUUUGUCCUGCCUUAUUUUCAUGUAUGUUGGUGGCUAAGUACAAGUGAUUCUCUGCUGUUAAAAAAAAGCAGGUCACUUUUUAGUUUCAUAUGCUAGCUACUUGCAAGUUUUUUGUUUUGUUUUGGUAUGAUGAGGUUAUGUUUCAUCAAGGAUAUAAAUAUAUAUGUGACAUUAAACUAGAGUUUCAUGU